GGCGCCCUGAGGCUCCGCUCCAGCCCGGGAUGAUCCUGCCCGCGGCAUGGAGCCAGUGUCCGUCGAUGACUGCCGUGCGUGCCAGCAGCAGCAACUGCAGCUGCAGCUGCAGCAGCAACAGCAACAACAGCAGCAGCAGCAGCCGUCGUCCCCCGCCGACGGUGGAGACAACGAGGAGGAAGCGGGCGGCGCCGAGGACGAAGAGAAGUCCAUUCCGGUGGCUUUUCCGCGCAACAUCCUGCGCUGCCUGGUGCUGCUCCUGCCCGUAUCGGUGCCCGUGGUGGUGUACGUGCGGGACGCCGACUCUACGCGACGCCUCUUCCUGGUCGCCUUUGCACUCUUCCUGCUGCUCGUCUUCUCUUGCGUCACCAUGGCGCUGGUGCGGUCCCGCAGCAGGGCACACGACGACGAGGAGGAGGCUGCGCCCAGGGCCGGGCGCCCGUCUAGCCGAGGCCUGCCUUUCCUGCGAGCCAUGCCGUACCGCGUGGCGGCGCGGGCCCCUCCCCGCUACCCCGGCUACCGGCUGGCCGGCCAGCAGCAGCUGAGCGCAGCCAGGUGCGCCGCGCUGGCCGCGGAGGACCCGCCGCCCUGCUACCUGGACGCCCUGCGCUGCCCGCUGGCGCAGACGUACAAGGCGCGCGACACCGAGACGCCGCCGCCCGCGUACGACGCCAUCUCCUGAGCCUCGGACUUCUCGGAUGCCGUGAGCCAGCAGGGAGAACGCGCGAGACGCGCACACUUAUAGUGGACCAAGCAUCCGCGGCUGCGACGACUGAGCGUCUCGGACGGGGCGUCACCCUGAUCCGGGAGCAUACGCUGCUCGGGCUGCGCGCCUGCGGCCGUCAUCGCGCGAGCUGAAUGUGCGUGCUUCCUGUGGAGCCAGAUGACAGCGCUAUGUCCUGUGGACACGGAUGAAGACCCCCGCGUCGGAGUGCACGGUGCCGAGUUGACGUGACCGCAAGGCGACCGCGAGGAACAGGCGCUUGCGUGUGUGCAGCGACGAGAGUUCUUUCGUCUUCUUGGGGCUUGGCGCCUGCGUCUUCAACGCACGAGUGGCUUCGGUGCCGUCACAGCGUUGCAUAUCGUGUGCAAAUGUGGGACAACUGAUCCCCUCGCGCAAUGCGCAGUGCCGUGCUUCUAUGUUCACAAAGUGAAGUGAGAGCUGUAGCUGAGUGCGCACAAAGUACCGUCUAGCGAGGUAUUGCUUUGUUUCCGAACUGAGUAGGUGUGACCCGCCACUCCACGAAUAGAUUGCUUCCUGCAAAGUCAGGCGACAGCGUUGUCUUGCUUGUACGUGAACGAAGAACUUAGUUCGCAGUGAACGGCACCGAGCUCGCACGAUCACCGAGUGAAGUGAGAAAGAAGUGCUUGUUCGUGUGCGCGGCUGUGAACGCAGCUUUUCUGUGAAUCGGCGUGGGGCUUCACAGACGACGUCAUGACGAAUGGACGUCAGAUCCCCGGGAGAAGCGUGCGUCGAGACGUCGUAUUGUAGCCACGACACGCGAGCCUUUCUGCGCUCGUAGCCUGUACAAAAUUCUCACGCAGACUCUCACGACGACGACAUUGCGGCCGACAGAGACGAAUGUUUGCGUGUGUGUGUGUGCGUGUUUACAAACGGUGUUUACGCGUGUACAUAGAUGAGGUUCGUCGCGCGCUUACCCAGCCAUUCCGAGAGACCCUGCCUUCCCUCGGUCAGUGGCGACGCCGCGGUUGAGGGUGCAUCCGCAGAGAUUACGAUCGCGGUGCAACCAAAUCGUACGGCUCUUGCGUUGUGCUCUCCGCGUCUCCUUCAGCAGUUGACGGAGGGUCUCAGCUGACGCGCACACUCCUCCCGGUUGUUGAAGGGCUCGGCAUGAAGCACAGGUGAAGCACAGGCUAGACUCUCAAUCCACGAGUCUUCGAUAUCAAAGGCCACGCGAGGCGCUCCGUAUAAGAAUGUCGACGGUAACUGCCCCUGUGUGCGACCAAAAGAACUCUCGGACAAUUACGCUUGCAUGCAGGAAUAACUCGGCAUGAUGUCUUUUUUUUUUUUUUUCGCAGCUCUUAUCUAAACGAAAACAGCGCUUCUCCUGCAGUGACGAGGCCGUAAGUGUGCUGCCAGACCCUUAGCUAGUGUAGGAGCAGUGGAUUACGUUGCAACUAAGUAAACUGCGUUUUGUGGCGUUUGAGUUUGCGCGUAGACGAAUGUGUAGCUGCAAGGUUCAGUCUCUAUAGUGGCAGCCACAAGUUGACCCGGAAGUGGAGAGAAUGUAGCUCGUAUCCGUUGACUAUACUUAAUCGUCGUAACAAUAUUGUCGACACGUAGUAACAGUUCACUUGUUUUCGCUCCGCGCGCUAAGUUGAUUGGUGCAUGCAGUCACCUAAGAAGUGGCUCAAGUGGUCGUCGAGAAGAAGAAAAAAAUGCCGUUGGGCGGGUGACCGGAAGGGUACUGUUCUCAGUCCUUGCCCUACAUUGUCGACAGUAGUUCUCACGUUGUGUAAAAACAGAAGUACGCCGCACGUUUUUGUCUAAACCAGCACGGCGCGAUGAAUCUUUUUUAUUGGUUCAUCUUAUUACGCCGCAUCGAAUCACGAGCACCUAGUAGCUGCACCGUGCAGUUUGCGGUGUUUUGUUUUCGCGUUCUUUGUAGCGCACACUCUUCACAGCGUCAGAGCCUAUAUGUUUGCGUUGCUCGACUUCACGCUUCCCAGAGACGCAAACUUGGUCGUAGAGACACACUGGCACGCACACCACUUAGUCAGUGGAAGUCUGGACAAUGGGCAACAUUCUCACGCAAGCGAUGCGUGGUAUUUUGUACCAUCACAAAGCUCGGUAAGUCGUCAGCAAGGAAUGAAACAUUUUUGGGCAUUCUAUUGAGCAAAAAAAAAUUAAGAUCUUUCUGUAGGCGCUCUCAUACAAAGGCGUUCCUUAGGCGUUCCCACAAACACGCUCUUUGUAACUUGCUACAGACAGAAUCUCUAUAAGGGUUUUUUUUUUUUCUGUGAGGAUGCAAAAUAACGUUUCGGCCGGUCAUGUUCAAGAUGUUCAAGACAACAGAAUCUCGAAUUUGUAUUCCGACGCUCAUCUUGCUUCUAUUUUUUUUUUCUUUUAAUUCGCUUCUUAGCAGUUCGUUUCGGUAUUCCCAUAAGUUCUCGUCUGCUGACGACGAAACCGGAAAUCCCUAGUUUAAUCUCUGUGUUUAUUUUUUAGCUUCUCGGCGAAGCAAAACGAUUCUGGGUUUUACAACGUUACCAGCAACGUUUAUGAACGCAAGCAUGUUCAGAAGUACUGUAUGUUUAGAAGAAAAUGUACAAGCAACUUCGUUUAACUCUGUUUUGACGAACGUGAAAACUUCCUAUAUCCUGCCAUAUCUCGUAUGAAUCGAGAUAUUUAAAUUGUCUGUUCUGUCUCUCUUACAGACUUUAAUAAUUCGUUGCAACAUUAGCGUAAAGAAUCGCUCAAAGCACAAUAUGUGUAUUGCCGACAGUGUCGUCUUUGUCUUUAGUUAGCUAGCAAGGAACAAGGGGCCUAUUAUUUCUGGACAUCAGUAGAAGGGUGAUCUGAGAUUAUCCUACUUUUCCUUGAUUAAUAUUUGAGUAAUCAAUAUUCUUGAUUACAUCAUUUUUAUUGCGAUCAUUCUGCCUGUACCCAAUAAGAGCCGAACAUAACCAAUUCAAGCUUACUAGACACAGAGUGUAUAAUUAAAUAACAAAAACUUCUGGACACGUAACCAAAGGCUUAUUGAUAGGUUCAUGGCCGUAGCGCAAUUGUGCACGCAAGCGGUCCUCGCACACACAUUGGAAGCGGCCAUCGGAAAGUUCCCCAGCUCCAAGUUCACCCUGUAUUCUCGCUUAACGUUUGGGAUGGCACGGAACUAUCGUAUAUGGAAUCGAAUAUUGGACAAAGAGUUUGCUCGAGCAAUAUUCCAGCAUUUCUUUCCUAGAGUCUUUGAUCAUAAAGAGACAAUUGUGGCUGCAAGCGAAGAAAAGAGACAUUUUCCUUUUGUACAACCAAUCCUCCAGUGAACAAGUUUAUUUUCGUUUUCACCCGUUCGUAUGCGUCAAAACUUAAGAGAUAAUUUUAUAAAAAAGUAUCUACAAACUGAAGAAGGAAAGAAAUAAAAAGGAAGGUCGCAUUUUGUUAAACUUUCCAAGAACUGGCAGGGAAUGUACGCUCCCUUGGCAUUACGGUUCUUUUUUUUUUUUUUUUUUUUCACAGCGGAACCCCUGCUACAGCUUGGUCUGGUCCUAAAAUAAAGAUGGCACCGAAGUAAUGUGGGAGGAAAUUGUCCGUAUUGCUACAAGUGCAUCCCCCGUACUGUUCAGCACGUUAAGAAACAUCCUAGCCUAGUUUACAUACAAAAAUGGAAUUAGAUUUGCUGAUUUGUCGUUUUAACGAAACCCAAUAUUUAACAGUGAUCACAGUUUGUGCUGCCAAAAAAGGACCAUUCGAAGAUUGAAAAGUGCGUUCCGCUGGAGACGUGAAACGCAAGUUAAGUGACGAAAUUUGAAUUUCGAUACGCGUCUUAAAGUUUCAGUUAAAUAUUUUAGUACCUUGGUACUGCAAUUUCUCUUUUUCAGUGAAUACUCUUCGGAUAUGUUGAUUCAAACAUUUCUCUUUGAAGUAAUUACCUCCUCAAUCACUCAACAUAAAUAUUCAAUUUUAAGCUUUCCAAUUUUGAAUGUUCUAAGGUAGUGUUUACUGGAAUCGCGAUUUAUUGCCUCUGCAUAUCCGAAAUUGCCUAUCCACCUAAAGGCUGUUGCCGACAACGUUUUCUUUAUUGACAAUGGCUGUGCAUGCGUGCGCGCUGCAACACGGCUCUUAUUUUAUACAACAUUAUGCAUCUCCAUCAGUCUUUCGUUAAAAAUUGCAGCCAGUAAUCCUCUUUUUGCUUGUGUUAUAACUCGUACUACAAAAGAAAGAAAAAGGACAACGCCGUCUAUCAUUUUCUUUUUCGAUACUUCGCAAUGUGUUUCUUACCUUUGGCUGUUCUAUAGAAUUCUAUUCUUUCUAUUCUAUUCUUCAAUUCUAUUCUUUGGCAAUUCUAUAGAAUGCCGAGAGUUAAACAUGAUGUACAACACCCGAUGAAACCCAAAAGCACAAGGUUAAAAAAAAAAAAAACAGGCGCUACUUGUACCUCAAGCGUGAAUGGACAACGACUUUGCUGGUUAACUAUUGUGUUGCAACCAUGCGUCGCCCAAACCCGAGAACCCCGCUGUCUGGUCUUCGUUCAUGUGUCUAAAAAAAAAAAGCAUAUCCACUUUCUUCGUACGCAUUACACGAUCGUUUCUUUUAUACACUAUAAUACAUAUGGUUACCGGCAUUGGCUGUCUCCCAGCCAGCUGUGCUUCGUAAACUGCAUGUCUACAUUACUCCUAAAGGAUAUGGAAGGUCAUCACUAAUUCCAACGUGCGUGGCCCCAAAGGCAAUGGUUCAGCACUUUCUUUCCAGUAUCUAUUGCCGUGGUCGUAUAGUAAGGCCUAAAGAUUUCUUCGAGUAAAUGUGGAUGCGGAGUAAUUACGCUUCACAGCAAGUACGCCGUGGGCAUGUACACAUGUGGGCAGUUCAAAUAUUCAGAUUAAAGCAACGCUGCGCUGGAAUUAUGAACGAAACAAGAAUAAUCGCGAUUCACGAGGUUUGACGCCCGAAAGCAACGCUGCGGCUAUGAGGAAGACGGCCUGUUUUCUUUAACAAAACACAGGAAAGCAGGCUGGCUAAGCAUUAUUAUUAUUAUUAUUAUUAUUAUUAUUAUUAUUAUUAUUAUUAUUAUUAUUAUUAUUAUUAUUAUUAUUAUUAUUAAUCGCGGCUACUGUAGCUUUUAUCUGACAGGGGUGGACAAAGAAAGCGUCACAGGCAAAUAUAAGAGAAAUGCAGCAAUUUAAAACUAUUCACUCAAAAAAACACGUUCCUGGGCAGCUCAUGUCCCUGUGUGGGUAAAACAGAUUCUUCGUGAGCGACACAAUCAAAUUUUUGUCCGACAUCAAGCCCUAUUAUAAAUAGAAAUGCUAUAGAGACGUUAAUGCAUCUUAUAACUCUCUCUCUCUCUUUUCUCUGUCUCUCUCAUUCGAAGCCAGAACAAAACGCGAGUUUAUCUUCUGCCAAACGAAACGAGCAUAUAAGUUUAUUGAGCAGUAAAUGUAGUCAUAUCUGACGCAAGUUCCUAGCGAAAUAAGAGUUCCCAGGAUCCAAUAAUCACCAUGGUGGAAUCUCCUCACACAACAGGCGUGAAUUUCAUCACAUGCAGCCUACAGUGGUCAGCCUACACGUAGAAGUUCUUCUAAGCAGAAGGACUACACCGAACGCUGGAAAGAGGGAGUAAAGGAAAACUAAACACUGUAAUGGAGAACGCAAACCGGCGAAUAAAAACAUGCAUCAGAACGUUAUUACGGGAGCCGCAAGGAUAAUUCACGUUGUAGACAUAUAACUAUUGCGAAAAAAUUAAACAGAAAGGCUGAUUUAAAGCUGUAGCGCUAAAACAGUUUGAAAAGUGAAAGGCGCUACUUUCAGGCGUGGAUUCGCAGGCUUGAAUUAUCGUAUAAUCAACUUUCUCUCCACGGGGUGAGCAGCAGCUUCUGCAUGCAUAAAGUCUGCAUCUACUUAAAUUCCGCGCGCGCUUCACUCCUGCGCAUGUUCAAUAUAACGUGUUUUUUCUGUUUCUUGUUUUGUUUUGUUUGUGCACAUUUAUUGUGGCCCCAGCCUGUUCUUCGACUCAACUUUCGUUGGUUGGAGGGCCAAUAUUCACGCCACUUUCAACGAAAUUCGUAAAGUACACUUGGUUCUCGUGCGCACGAUCACUGCCAUGCAAAUAUAUAUAUAUAUAUAUAUAUAUAUAAGGAGAGAGAGAGAGACUACGCGAUUUCAUAGCUCUCACUCGUAUGCCAUCGUCUUUUGCCUCCCACACCACCAUUCCGAGGGAACCCACGGUUUACUUAUUUAUUCCAACCUUCAGCUGGAGAGUAAAUGCGUUGGCACCUACUUCAACGUAAGAUGAAGAUACAGAGAGAGAGAACUUAAUUCUGCUCGGCCACAUACAGAGGUGGGUUUCCAUGUUGGGUGAAGUCCUAAGGAUCAUGUGGGUGCCUUGUAAGGAAAGGUUCGCGGUUCGAGAGAAACUCGCUUUGAUCAGGGUUUCGACCCCGGCACCACAGCCUCCGAGGGACAAUUUGCAGGUCGAGCUAAUCAGAAGUCUAGUACGUGGCAGAACAACGGCGAUAGUUUUGACCGAUAGUUUUAACCGACAGUUUUGACCGGUAGCUUUGACCGAUGGUUUUGAUCUUUUGGGAUUGUUCAAUGUGCAUACAAAUCGCAGUAAAUUGGCUUUCUUGCAUUCUGCCCCCGUUUAGAUGCCUCCGCCGUGGACGGGAAUCGAACCCGCGCACAACGCCAUAGCAAAAUUAUCGCGUUACAUAUGCAACAAUUCACAACGUUUGUGUCACAGUAACGUGCACCCAUUCUGGAGGAUCGGACACAGUCGGGCACAUGUUCAAUGGUACAUGCCAAAAUGCUACAUAAAAAAAUCAAUCAAAUCGAAUAAUCUGCUUAAUAUAAUGCACUACUCCAUUAAGAUGUCGGUAUGUUUUUGAUACCUAUCAGGCACCUAUACGAGUCGACUUUAUAUGUUCAGUUUUGUGCAGGAAUUAACGUCUGACACCACAAACACAAAGACUGUACAUAAAUCCAAGUGUACUUCUCAUCACUCCUGUGGUAGCUGAAAUAUCGCAAAGCCCGAAUUCUCUCUAUUAACUUCUUUAGAAAACUUCACGCUUCAAGCCUCUCUGUGAACAAAUCAACAGCUAUACUUGGCGAUGCGUUGAACGCGUUCUAUUUUUCUCAGCUUGGGGACAAACACCUCGGGUAAAGGUUCACUGGACGGAAGCGCGUGAAGGAGUGGCGUCGCAAGAGUAAAGGGACUCGCACCGUUCCGCGCUUCUUCGCGCCCCCUUCCCCCCCUCGGCCCCCCCUUCCUUCCUCUGCAACACCUCGGCGACCGCGGUCACCAACGCGUGAAAUUGGGGAAUUUGAGCGGUGCUUGCUACCUCCGGCGCCAUCUUCCCGCGCCUUUCGGCCGAUUUGAGGGCGCGGCGUCGGCCACGAAACGACCGACGACGUCGCGCUUGUCUACCAGACAAUCCCCGGGCACAUUCCCCGCCGCCCUGUAGUGUCGAGUGCUCCACGGGAAAGAUGAGAUAAUUAAUAAAAGUUUUUGGAGAGGAAAGGAAGGAGCAGCUGCGAUGCUUCGUCACGGAUCACUUGCGUUUCUCGUUCCGUACAGUCGUUCACCGCCUUCAUCUGUCGAAAUUAGUCGAGUGCAUACGCUUAACUGUUAACUUAACUUAACGCAUACGCUUAACUUAACGCAUACGCCUAACUUAACUGUGUUGAGUUACGCUAAUGUUGGUGCGGCACGUGACCGCUGGUGUACAGAGCAAGGAAAUCUUAAAACGAGGUCAAAAAAAUAUGAUGCAGGAACCACCCAAGGUUAUCAUCUAAGCUAGCGAAUACCUUUUUUUUUUUAACGCGCUGAAUUAUCCGUGCAACGUUGUGGAUCACUGACAUGCACUGGACAAACCAGCAAGCCUAUAUAUGAAUAUGGCAUGCUCGAGACAUUAAUGACGUUUUGAUGAGCAUAUCUUAAUGUUGUGGUGUGUAAUGUUAUUAGACGAGUAAAGGCACUAAUUUGGUUCUGUU